AGGUGCCAGAGGAGUCGCCGCCGUCUGUCGGGGUGUCAUGAGCGCGUCAAAGUGGCUCGGCCAUGGCUCUGCGCUCGGUUCCGUGGCUUCCGCCGCCGCUGCUACCGCUGCUGCUGGUGGUGCUGCUGGUGGUGCCGCGUCUCGCCGCGGGAAGCGGUGAAGCCACCGUGGAGUACCUGGUGAACGUGAUUCUCAUCCAGAACGAUCAUCUGCCGUGGUCCCUCGACAAAGUCGCUCCGUUCAUAGCGCUCGGGAUCGAGCACGCUAAUGGAAGGCUACGCUCGGCAGGUUUAAAUGCGCACAUCAAUGCCACUUACGAUAACUUCAUCUCCUUCUCUGGAAAUCCACAAAAGGUGUGCAUAGACACGGACUGCGGGGCCAAGGAGAAACUCCAGGACAUAACGGAAAAUAAUUUACUUGGGUGUGCAGUCAUCGGGCCAACAUGCCAGUAUGCAGCCUACGCAUUGCUCAGGGUGAUAAAGCGCUACGAGAGGAUGGUCGUUUCGGCGGGCAGCUUCGGCCUGUCCACGACCUUCGUGCCCGAGCUGACGCGCACCCUGCUCAGCGCCGCCAAGGUCUCAACCUUCUUCGUGGAUUUCUGGAGACUUGUCCAGCCCCAGCGCAAGCCCGUGGCUUGGAGCACGGCCUACGUCCUGUCGGGAAACUCGUACAACUACGACGUGUGUUUGUGGUACAUCCAGGCCUUGUUGGAAAACAUCAAGGUGGCAAGUGGAAACAAGCUGUUUAACUCUACUAAGGCCGAGUUGGAUAACCAGCUGAUUGAGGUGCCGACACUGGACAAACUGCCCAAUGCUUUAAUGACGAGAGAGAGCAAUGUGGUGAUAUUCUGUGGGGACGUCCCGUAUAUCUAUGAAGUGACCAGCUCGCUGGAGAAGUCUGUCAAAAAUAUCUUCCAGCAGCUCGUCUUUGUGGCUCUGGAUCUAUUUGGUGGAGGUCAUGUCGCCGCUGAGCGGAAUUACACGAUUAGAGGGACUGUGCUGAUAGUGACUCUGCCUACGCUCAACGUCACUCUGCCCGUUGCAGAGCAACACAGAAACGCCAGCAAUGCCAAGAUACCCCAUGUGAAUAAGUUUGCAGAGGCGUACUACGAAACGAUGCUGAUAUACGGAGACUUCUUGAAGAGAAGUCUUCAAGACGGCACCUUCACUUGCUCCAGCACAGACGCCACAACAAUGCGUGGGAAAAACUACAUAGGAAAGGACAUGAUGGUGCACAUCGAUGAGAAUGGUGACAGCGAAGGGGAGUUGGAGGUUCUCUAUCUUCACAACAACAAGUUCCACAUGGUGUGGCAGUACGACACGUGGAAAAACACGUUCAGAGAAGUCUCCAACCUCAACUUCACCCUCCCGACCGAUAUCCCAGAGCGGAAAGAGAAUCACGCCACGAUUAUUGCGCUCUUUGCCAUCAGCAUCAUCUUCAUCGUGCUCAUUCUGGGCUUCCUUCUGCUCUGGAGGAAGUACAGCGUGGAGCGGCAGCUGCGGACACAGAGAUGGGUCAUCCCCUGGGUGAAGCUGGAGGACCUUCCGGAGGACGAAAACAAUAGCACACACGAGGUGCACGAGCGGAAGCUCAGCGUCUACUUCGUCCAGGACGGCAGCUUUGAGUCGGAUGCCAUCACCAAGAAGAAAUACGACAACAAGGUGGUCAUGCUCAAGCCGCUGAAAGUGUACGACGGGGAGUUCACCAACACGCAGAAGAGGGAGCUCUGCAUCCUGAUAUCCAUGGCCUGCGACAACUUGACCAAGUUUUACGGGACCACGGUGGGAGGCAUCGGGGUUACGUACGCUGUGACCGACUACUGCAGCAGAGGUUCCCUCUGGGACAUCCUUCAAGAUGAGGUCACCUACCCGGAGGACACGCUCAUGGACUGGGACUUCAAGGUAUCCAUCAUGCACGACAUCGCCAAGGGCAUGGUGUAUCUGCAGAACAAAAUUGGUGCGCACGGCAGACUCAAGUCCAUCAACUGCGUUGUGGACAGCAGGAUGGUGGUGAAGGUCACGGACUUUGGGCUCAUCAGCGAGAGGGAAGACAGGGAUUGUUCCUUGAAAAGCACACCUCGUCCUGAGAAUGCAGUCAAGGAGAAGAUAAUUUCAUACGCCCAGAUGUUAAAGGCGCGGACUCGGGGUCAAAACAAACUUUUCAACAGAUUCAUAGCGCGGCGCUCAAACCCAUGCGACGAGAUAAGGCCAACGAGACCGAGCUCAAAACUCUGGAUGGCUCCAGAGCACCUGCGAGAGGGGAGCGUCUCACCCAAGGGUGACGUCUACAGCUUUGGGAUCAUCCUCCAAGAGCUCCUCUACCGCAGAGGCGUCUUCUACAUCCGAGUCGGGAGCUACGGCGAAAGCGACAUAAUAGAACGCCUGACGUGCACGGAGGACACUGAACAUUUCCGGCCAACACUCGAAGAGAGCGUCAUCGUGGACAAGACCGGAGGCAACGAGAUGUUCCAAAUGAUCUCCGACUGUUGGGAUGAAAAUCCAGAAAGACGGCCCGACUUCAAACGUCUGGAGGGCAGCCUCAAGAGGAUUUCUAACAAAAUCCACCAGGGCCACAGAGGCACGUACGUGGACAGCCUGAUUUGGCGGCUGGAGCAGUACUGCAAGAACCUGGAGCGGCUGGUGGAGGAGCGCACGCAUCUCUACAAGCGCGAGCGGGACAGGGCCGACGAGCUCAACUACCAGCUGCUACCCAAGUCGGCAGUGAUGGCGCUGAAGGCCCGGGGCUUCGUGGAGCCCGAGCUCUUCGAUGCGGUCACCAUCUACUUCAGCGACAUCGUGGGCUUCACCACCAUCUGCAAGCACAGCGAGCCCAUGGAGGUGGUGUGCCUCCUGAACGACCUCUACAAGGCCUUCGACGCCAUCGUCGACUCGUACGACGUCUACAAGGUGGAGACGAUCGGAGACGCGUACAUGGUGGUGUCGGGGCUGCCCAGGCGGAACGGCGCGCGUCACGCGGCGCAGAUCGCCGACAUGGCCCUGGACAUCCUGGACUUCGUGGGCACCUUCCAAGUGGACCACUUCCCCGGCCUGCCUCUCUGGGUCCGCAUCGGAAUUCACUCCGGUGGCUGCGCCGCCGGUGUGGUGGGAAACAAGAUGCCGCGCUACUGCUUGUUCGGAGACACGGUCAACACUGCAUCGCGCAUCGAAUCAACCGGGCUUCCCUGGAGAAUACACACGAGCACCUCCACGGUGAAGAUACUCACAGAGAUCGAGUCGGGCCAUGUGUUCGAGGAAAGAGGACUCACAGAACUCAAGGGACGCGGUACUGAAGUAACCUACUGGCUAAUUGGAAAAGAAGACCUGACCAAAACACUUCCAGUCCCUCCAGAAAUUGACAUUGGCCAUGGGAUGAAGGGGGAGUUUGAGGAGAUGAUCAAGGACCUCAAACGGAAACGCCGAAGCAAUCCACGCACGCCGAAUCGACGCCUCCGGAGAGACGCCCCCGUCGCAGAGGAGCGUACCCUCGAGUACCUUCAGAUACUCAUCCCAGCUCCAGACCACGAAGAUACCUGCCUGUGAAAUCGUCCUUGGUCAUCCACGCAGGUUCAACUGGGAUGGGGAAAGCGAGAUUUACCCCCACACCAAAGACAUUCACAUGUCAAUCGAUUCGUGGGGUUUGUGCUGCACGGCUCUCUCACACACCGAUGUUUUUCAAGGGUCGCUUACGCAAUGUUAAGAAACAUCGGGGCCCCAUGCCACAUCACACGAGGUGCAGCAGCGUCGACAGAUUUGAUUUUUUGUGGGGCAGAAUGGCAAGGGAGAGAGAGGAUGCACCCCCGGGGGUUGAGGGGGGAUGAUGAACAGCGUGGGAGGUGGAGCGAGAUGAGAUCAGUUCAUGUUGCAGCUGCGAGUUGGAUGCUGAAAACCACAGCCUCGCAUCCAGCAGCGGAUGGGCAAUGGCUAAUAUACAGGGCGCUUCAACAAAAAUGUUAACACUCAUACGGAGACUACUAUCGUUAAUGAAAAAGGAACGGAUACUACACUGUAACAUGACAAAUGUAUGUGAAUAGCUUCAACAAGUGAAAGUGUCUCCACUUGUUCGCCACCUGGAGACCACCUGGAGAAUCUUCUCCAGGUGGUCUCCAGAGCCCAGAGGCACAUUUUUGUGUUAUUCUUUCAAAUUUUCAGAAGUGUUAA